UGUCUCUCUCUAUCAGAGCAGGUCGUAUAGAAGAGCUAGCGAGGAGCUAAUGAGGAGCUAACGGACAUGAAGGAAAUGAACGCAGUCCACAUACGAUCUGGAUUUAAUUCUCACUCUGGAGAAGAAGUUUGCAUCCUUGUUUUCUUCUUUGUAGAUUCUGUUCAAUGACAUCAGCGUACCGAUAUUUAGUUAAAUCCUAACUCAAAGGUUUAAAAAGUUUUAACCUUACAGUAUGGAGUUAAUUUCUAUUAAUGUUUUUUAUUUCUUUUAAAUUUCUUUUAUUUUAGUCAAACAAGGCAGACUUUUUUUCAAUAUAAAGUGAUAUAUGUAUAUCAGCUGUGACCUUCAGUCAGCCGCUGAAAUGAGACCUGAAGCUGCUGGUUUCUUAUCAAACACCUGGACGGGACAAAGUUCACCAGUUUAUCAGCUGUAGACUGAGGGGCGGAGGAUUAAAACAGAGCUGCUAAGCUUCCACAUUCUGGCUUCUUCAGACUAAAUUACAGUCUGAGGAUGUAAAGCUGGCUCCUCCUCACCUGGGUUCAGAUACAGGAUGCAGCUGAACAGCCACCUGGAGCAGCUUCUGCUCUGAGCUGAGGAUCCGUCAUGUACGUCCUGUGCAGCCUGGCAGUCCUGACCCUCCACAGUCUCUUCAGGCGCUGGACCAGCAGAGCCCUGGAGCCUACAGGACAUCCACAGGAGUGUAGGCCCUCCAUGUCUGGAGAAGGUUUGGAGGAAGUCCAAAGGCUACUCUGGAUCUCCAAGUCCGAAGGGAAAGGAUUUGUACGUAAAGUCCCCGACAGAAGGAGGCGAGUUCAGCCGGUGGUCAUGUUCGGCACUAGAAAGACGUGGGAUCUUGGCCACGCCCCCUGCCUGCAGGAGCUCUGGAAGAAAGACGUCUCAUUGGACGCCAGCUCAGUGGACUUCCUGAUGAGUGAUGGUGAAGACGAGGGCUCCUUCCUGUCUUUGCCCACCUCCGCCUUCUCACACCGCCCCCCUCUGAACGCAGAGCCGUCCGAAACAAGCGCUCCCAGCCAGCAGCUGAUCAUCCAGGCUCUGCAGGAUAAAGUCUGUGACUUCCAGGCCCGUCUUCGCUCUGAACAACUCUCCCGUCACCUGCUGCUCCAGCAGCUGCAGCAGCAGCAGAGCGUCCAGGAGGAGACGUGUCUCCGGGCGGAGCAGGAGGAGCGGCGGACCGCUCCACCACAUGGUGUGAGGCUGCUCUGUCCUGCAGAGGAGCAGCUGGUAACUCGGCUGCACACACAGGUGGAGGAGCUGGAGGAGAAGCUGUCCAAUCAGACUCAGGAGGUGGAGAGACUUCACUGUGAACUGGGGGCAACGGACCUGGAGAAGCAGCUGAAGCUGCUGCUGGUGGAGAACCAGCUUCUGAAGCAGGAGCUGAAGUCCAGCAGGAGUUCAGAACUUCACAGCCUUGAUGGUGCUGUAGGGGGCUGCAGCCACUGCCCCCACAGACAGGAUGCUGAGGCCCGGCAGACGGAGCAGCGCCUGGAGGAAAAAACCUCCCGAAGGAAGGAACUCCAGCUGCUCCUGCAGGAGUGUGAGGAGGAGCUGGGCGGGCGGGGGCUGACCCCCCCCAGAGUCAAGUGCGUGACCCCGGCGGGGGGGGCGGAGUCAGCUGACUCCCUCAGAGCGGCGGCUGAGCUGCAGAUGAAGAACGCCGGCCUGCAGGAGCAGCUGUGUGUGCAGAGGCAGCUGCUGAGGGAGCAGGAGGCGCAGCUGCAGGAGUCCCAGAGGAGCUGUGCUCAGCUCAGGACGCAGGUCCGGGUGUAUGAGGGGGAGAUGGAGCGAGCUCGAGGACAGCUGGAGGUGGAGAUGCAGCAUCUGGAGGAGGAGAAGAACCGUGUGAUCGAGGAGGCCUUCAUCAGAGCUGAGAGCGAGAUGAAGGCGGUCCACCAGAACCUGGCAGGCGUGAGGAUGAACCUGCUGACCCUGCAGCCGGCCCUCCGGACCCUCACCUGUGACUACAACUGUCUCAAGAGGCAGGUGCAGGAGUUCCCCUUCAUGCUGGACAAGGCCAUCAGCGAGGCCAAGCAGGAGAUCUGCCAGGUGAUCAGCGAGGUGAGCUCCACCAAUCAGGAGCUUCUGCAUAAAUACAAGAGAGAGAUGAACCUGAGGAAGAAAUGUCACAACGAGCUGGUUCGACUCAAAGGUAACAUUCGUGUUUUCUGCCGGGUCCGGCCUGUCGGUCUCGAGGAGCAGGACUCUGUGACGAUGCUCAGCUUCGACUCGGAGGACGACGCUGUCCUUUACCUGUCUAACAAGGGCAAGAUGAUGACCUUUGACCUGGACAAGGUCUUCCCCCCUCGGGCCACACAGGAAGAGGUGUUUCAAGAGGUCCAAUCGCUGGUCACUUCCUGUAUCGACGGCUUUAACGUCUGCAUAUUUGCCUACGGACAGACGGGCUCCGGGAAGACGUUCACCAUGGAGGGCGCAGCCGAUAACCCCGGCAUCAACCAGCGAGCGCUGCGCCUGCUCUUCUCCCAGGUGACGGACAAAGCUCCAGACUGGGACUACAGGAUAUCCGUCAGUAUGGUGGAGAUCUACAACGAGACACUAAGGAACCUGCUGGGGGAGAACCCCUCUGACAAGCUGGACAUCAAGAUGAACCCUGACGGCAGCGGACAGCUGUACGUCCCCGGUCUCACUCAGUUCAAUGUCCAGAGCCCCGAGGACAUCAACAGGGUGUUUGAGUUGGGUCACAUGAACAGAGCGACCGCCUGCACCAACCUGAACGAACACAGCUCUCGCUCCCACGCUUUGCUCAUCAUCACCGUGUGUGGAUUCAACUCUGCUACUGGGACCCACACCCGAGGCAAACUGAACCUGGUGGACCUGGCGGGCUCUGAGAGGAUUGGGAAGUCCGGAGCGGAGGGAAGUCGCCUCAGAGAAGCUCAGUGCAUCAACAAGUCUCUGUCGGCGCUCGGUGAUGUCAUCAACGCGCUGCGCGGCCGCCACGCUCACGUCCCCUUCAGGAACUCCCGCCUCACCUACCUGCUGCAGGACUCACUGAGUGGGGACAGCAAGACCCUCAUGAUGGUUCAGGUGUCUCCGCUCCCCGUCAACAUGAGCGAGUCCGUCUGCUCGCUGAAGUUCGCUCAGCGCGUUCGCAGCGUGGAGCUGAUGUCCUCGUCUUCUAGGAGACACGAGUACUCGUCCACCUCGUCCUCGCCAACCCACGACAGCGUCGAGCUGGACUCCCCCCCCGUCACCCCCGUCCCUCUGCCCAUCUCGCGGGCCAGCAGCGCCGGCUCCACCCUUUCCUCCACCUCCAGAACACCCAGCAGCUCCCGCAGGAGGUCCCAGUCCCAGCUGUCCACUGGACGACUGAAGCUCACAGCCUGAUGGUGUCCAGGCCUCUCAGAAGCAUCUACAACAUCUUCUGGCUUCAUGAUCAACAUUCAAAGAUCUAAAUUAACUUUAAUGAGAGACGACUCCAAACUAUUUCUUCUUUCAUAACUAACAGUAUAAAGUUCCAUUCACAGUAUUUCUUUUGUAAAGUUGCACUUUAAAUAUUGAGAUUUUUUUCUAAUCCAUGAUGUGGUUGAUAUUAAUAUAUGAAAUAAGAUUUUAUAUUGUUUGACAUGAUUUCAUUUUGUGCUUGGAUCAUUUUUCUUUAAAAUGCAGAGUUGAAAACGAUGAGUAUUAAUCCCAUUGAGUUUUUAAUGUCCUCGUGGCCCUUCGUCCAAUCAGGGAAGCCCACAGGUACUGAGCGUCCAAUCAGGAGCCGUCAAUACGACCGGUACGAUCCUUACUGCCGGUGGAUGUUUGAUGCUGAAAGAGCUUCUUUGAUUGUUUCUGUCUCUGCAGACCCAGCAGUGACCUUUGACCUUGAGUUGGUAGUCAUGGUAACAGGAAUGCUUAGAGGUCGGCGUGUCUAUUUAUACAGUUUGUUUUUUUAAUUCCAUUUUUAAUAAACACCCAAAGCAAAUAUUAAACUCAUUUCUUCAUGUUUUAUA